AACACACGUAACCCCUCCAUCCUUUUCCUCUUCUUCUUCGCUGCAAUUUCAUCAUUACUUUCAAACGUAGUUAAUAUCUUUCUCACAUUGACAUCAAAACUUUUUCCAGGGUUUCCUUUUAGAUCUACACCCCAAUUCAGUAAGCUUUGUUAUUCCAAAAAUUCGAUACAUUUUUUUUCUAUUCGAUUUGGUCUUCAAUCUAGUUAAUUAGGGCAAUCAAAAGAGAUUAUCUCUAAUGGAUGUAAAGCUAUGGAAUGACAAGAGAGAACGAGAGAUGUAUGAUAAUUUUGCUGAUCUGUAUGCAAUUAUUAAAGCUACAGAAAAGCUUGAAAAAGCUUAUGUACGUGAUUUAAUCACAUCAUCGGUGUAUGAACCCGAGUGUUUAAAAUUGAUUGCUCAAUUCAAAACCCUAACUUCAUCUCUUGUUGGUGCACUUCCUAGUAUUGAGCGUUUUGCUGAAAUCUAUAAAAUGGAUUGUCCUGCUGCUCUUAAUCGUUUAGUUUCUUCUGGGAUUCCUGCCACAUAUGAGCAUCGAGCUUCUGCUGCUGCAUCUACUACUGGUUCAGCUGCAAUUGUAGCAGAAUGUGUGCAGCAUUUCAUUACAGCUAUGGAUACUUUGAAACUCAACAUGGUUGCUGUUGAUCAGCUACACCCGAUACUAUAUGACCUAUCAGGGUCCCUCAACAAGCUCGGUAUACUGCCACCUGAUUUUGAGGGGAAAGUGAAAAUGAAGGAGUGGAUUUCAAGAUUGGCAAACAUGGGUGCUUCUGACGAACUGACUGAACAGCAAUCUAGACAACUUCAUUUUGACCUUGAAUCAUCCUACAACUUAUUCAUGGCUGCUCUACCCAAUUCUGGCGCCUGAUUCAUUACUGUAAGAUCCUGAUUUUGUUCCCCUUUUUUUUCCUUCAUCAUAAAUACUCUUCCCUUUGAUUUGUUCAUCCAAAAAUAUAAGCUUGUACUUUGGAGAAAAACCAGAGUUAUUCAAUACUUUUAAUUUUUCUUUGAAAACCACUUGUAUUUUACUAGAGAAAAAACUUGGUUACUUUUUGUAAAGAUACAGAUAUAUGAAUUCCACAAUACCAAGCAUCUUCUAACAUAUGGAGAACUUUGAGAUUUGCAAUAAAGGGAUAGUAGAAAGAUGUGCUGUUUAUUAAGCUUUCUGUUUGCAGUAAAUGUUCUAUUUGGAACGUGGCCUUAUCCAUGAUCCUUGUAAUAUCAUUUGUUUUGCGAAAUUGAGUAGUCUGUGAGCAGGUUCCUAUUUUUUCUGUUUGCAGUUUAUGUGAAAACCCUGUAAUUAGUAAAUUUGACUACAAAGUUGUUCGCCAAAAAGUUUUGGAGCUAAAUAUCCAGAUUAGAUAGCAUUUGAAUUUUUGUGUUUGAA